AUGGCUAACAACAUGCAACAAAUGUCAGAACUUACUGGAUCUGCUUUGGAGCAGCUUGCAUUACAAACACUUGCACGAUUCAAUUUCAAGGGGCAUGAUCUUCUUGAAUUUGCAAGAGAAUCAGUUGUAGUUUAUUUGGAAGAUGAUGAUGGAGCCACAAGGAAAGAUGCUACUUUUUGCUGCUGUAAAUUAGUUGUAAAUUCUUUCUCAAUUACCACCUUCAGUCCCAGUAGAUCCAGUCAAGCUGGAGGCAAAAGAAGACCUCUUAUAGAAGAGAUUGUGGAGAAGCUUCUUAUUGCAGCUGUAGCAGACGCUGAUGUCACUGUAAGGAACUCAAUCUUCUCAUCCCUCCAUGGAAAUGGAGGAUUUGAGGACUUUCUAGCUCAAGCUGAUAGCUUGACUGCUAUAUUUGCUGCUCUAAAUGAUGAGGAUCUUCAAGUUCGGAAGUAUGCAAUAUCAGUGGCUGGUAGAUUAUCUGAAAAAAACCCUGCAUAUGUUUUUCCAACACUUCGACGUCACCUUAUUAAGUUGUUAACAUAUCUUGCACAAAGUGCUGAUAGCAAAUGCCGAGAAGAAAGUGCAAAGCUGUUAGGCUGCUUGAUUCGCAGCUGUGAACGACUUAUACUUCCAUAUAUUACUCCAAUACACAAGGCGCUUUUGGCUAAACUAUGUGAAGGAACAGCAGGAGUGAAUGCAAACAAUGACAUCAUCAGUGGUGUUCUUGUAACUGUGGGAGAUCUUGCUAGAGUGGGUGGUUUUGCUAUGAGAGAAUAUAUCCCUGAACUUAUGCCAAGAGUUGUUGAAGCUUUAUUGGAUGGAGCUGCUGCUACUAAACGUGAGGUUGCUGUUGCAACUCUUGGUCAGGUUGUACAGAGCACAGGUUAUGUGAUAGCUCCAUAUAAUGAGUACCCACAGUUCCUGGGCUUACUUUUAAAAUUGUUGAAUGGUGAGCUGGCAUGGUCUACAAGGCAUGAAGUUCUUAAGGUUCUUGGAAUAAUGGGUGUUUUGGAUCCUCAUGUUCAUAAGCGUAAUCAACAAAGCUUGCAAGGACCUCUUGGUGAUGGGACCCGUACAACCAAUGAUGCGGGCCCACAUAUCCAGUCUAGUGAUGAGUUGCCAAUGGAUCUUUGGCCAUCAUUUGCAACAUCAGAAGAUUAUUUCUCCACUAUAAAGUUUUUUACCAAAAAAGACCGUUCUCUUUCUAGUUAUCAUCAAAAAGUCGUUGGCUCUCUCAUGUUUAUUUUCAAGUCAAUGGGUCUUGGCUGUGUGCCUUACUUGCCAAAGCUUGGAACUCUUGUUUCAAUUGUGCGCCAGCACAUUCGCAAGUAUCUACCCAAGCUGCUUUCUUUAAUAUCAGAAUUAUGGUCAUCAUUCAGUCUCCCAGUAGCCAAUCGUCCUGUUCAUGGACCCCAUAUCCUGCACCUAGUUGAACAACUUUGUCUGGCCCUGAACGAUGAAUUCAGGAGAUAUCUUCCUAUAAUUCUUCCAUGUUGUAUUCAAGUUCUGAGUGAUGCUGAAAGGUGUAAUGAUUACACUUAUGUCCGUGAUAUUCUUCGCACCUUGGAAGUUUUUGGUGGAACAUUGGAUGAACAUAUUCAUCUACUUCUUCCUGCCCUCAUACGUUUAUUUAAAGUGGAUGCUUCUGUUGACAUAAGUCGAGCUGCUAUAAAAACCUUGAUACGAUUAAUCCCUCGUGUUCAGGUUACAGAACACAUUUCAACACUCGUGCAUCACCUGAAGCUUGUAUUGGAUGGAAAAAACGAUGAGCUAAGAAAGGAUGCUGUUGAUGCACUCUGUUGUUUGGCACAUGCACUUGGGGAGGACUUUACCAUUUUCAUCCCAUCAAUUCACAAACUUCUCAUAAAGCAUCGUUUGCGGCACAAGGAAUUUGAUGAGAUUGAGGGGCGAUUACAAAGGCGUAGACCUUUAAUUGUUGUCAGUCUAGCAGCACAAAAGUCAAUUCGACAGCCUCCUGUGGAGGUUAUUAGUGAUCCUUUGAGUGAUAUGGAGAAUGAUCCUUAUGAAGAUGUUCGUAAACAACCCAAAGUUUAUCAGGUUAAUGAUGCUAGAUUGCGUGCUGCUGGAGAAGCUUCUCAACAUAACACUUAA